UUAUUGAACACACCCUUCACAAUAGAUACGUUAUAAAACCAACCGCUUUUAAGAUUGGUUAUUUUUGGCGACACACCUAGAACUUACCUCAUCGAAGAAUAAAGAAAGAUACAUAAUAUUGGAAUUAUUAAAUUCUUGAAGGUAGUCAUACUUCUACAAUCAUCUACGUCUCAAUCGAUUGUCUAUUCCCCUCAUUCGGACAUAUCACCACUCGGAUAGCAUAAGAUGCGGUUGGUUGCCUGGUUUCUUGCUACUCUGGGCCUCGUAGCUGCCCAGGAGUACAAACUAGUAUGGGAGGACACAUUUGAUUUCUUUGAUCCUAGAAAAUGGGAUCAUGAGAUAACGUCAUGGGGAGGCGGGAAUAAUGAAUUCCAAAUCUACACCCCUGAUUCUGCGAACAGCUACGUUCGAGACAAUACACUCUUUUUGAAACCAACAUUGACAAGGGACAACAUAGAUCCAAGGACUGGGAGACCAUUUGGAGAUGAUUAUCUUAAAAAUGGCACUAUGGACUUAGUAGCUCAGUAUGGUAAAUGUACCCAGCAGGACAAUGAUGGGUGUGUCCGCAAUGGCAGACAGAAGAUGAUUGCCCCUAUCAUGUCAGCACGUAUCAGGACAAUGGAAAGAUUCGCCUUUAAAUAUGGCCGCCUUGAAGUGGAAGCCAAGAUGCCUUCCGGUGAUUGGAUGUGGCCAGCAAUCUGGAUGUUGCCUGAGGACUGGGAGUACGGGCCAUGGCCAAAGUCUGGGGAGAUCGACCUGGUGGAAGCUAUUGGGAACAGAAACCUGACAAACGUUGACGAUGGCAAAUAUGCGGGUAUACAGAAGAUGGGCUCCACACUUCAUUGGGGACCAGCCGGGGACGACAACCGCUGGUACCUCACAAGUGGACACAACACUAACGAGACCUACAACUAUGCCGACUACUUCCACUUAUACCGCAUGGACUGGGACCACAAUGGACUUAGAUUCUACAUAGACGAUCGCGAGGUUGUACGUAUGCCAGACCCUAACAUUAAUGAGUAUACAAACUGGACAGGCUGGUGGGACUACGGUAUUAAGAAGGACAAUAAUACGCCAUGGAAGAAUAAUUAUACAAACCCAUGGGUCAACGGCACUAACAUGGCUCCGUUCGAUAAACCAUUCCACAUUAUCUGCAACGUGGCAGUUGGAGGCACUAAUGGUUUCCUCCCAGACAACUCCAAAGCAACCAACAAUGGUGGCUAUCCUAAACCAUAUAACAACUCCGACUAUGGUUCAGGUCAGAGCAAGUUCUGGGAUGCAAGGGAACAAUGGCUCCCAACGUGGAAGGGUGAGGACGCAGCACUACAGAUCAAGUCAGUGAGGAUUUACCAGACAGACUCACAAAUGCCCAGUACUCAGCCUCCACCAGCAACACAGCCCCCUGCCACCUGCCCUCCCAUAAAUAGCUCAAACGCGCUUGCAUUCUCAUAUGUACUAUUACUGACUCUCAUUUCAAGCAUAUGGAAGAUAAUUGUAUAAUGGAGGACUAUAUUUGCAAAGAUUUUUAUUAGUGGACAUUUUUUA